AUGCGAUCUGAUGUGGGAUUUGAUUCACCUGGUCCCACCCCUAUUCAGACUGCCUCUGCGAAGACCCGCUUGAGUGCUGCUUUCUUCUCCACACACAAUAAUGGGCAAUAUGUUGAAUUGGAUGAUUUGGGUGUGGCUACCAGCCCGGUCCUGAAUGAUGAUGCCCACUAUCCUUCGACGCCAAAGAAGCAGAGUUCUAAGAUGUAUAUGCCGAAUACCUUGUGGACACGUCUCUUCGCUAUGACGGGUAUUAUUGAAACAUUGGGCACGGUCGGCAUUGAGAGCUGGAUUUUCAUAAGCAUUUCAAAUCACUUUGAUAAUGCUGGAGACUAUCAGGGAACUUUACGUCUUCGAUCAUUUCUUGGUCUCUACAUUUUCGCGCUGCUCUAUGAGCUUGCACUCUCUUAUGAUGCAUUACGACGGAAGAAUACCUUCCAGCUAAUGGGUCUCUGUAUUUGCAAUAUGGGCCUUUUAGUUUAUGGCAUUAUUCAGACAAAAGAAAUCAAGGACACGCUCACUUCCCUGAGCAGUACUGCCGUUGAUGGAAACGAUCUUUGGAAUCAGUAUCGUGUUGCUUUGAUCUUGGUACCUGUGGUCCUAGCUGUCGGUACAAUCUGCUUGUCGAUCGUGACCUGGAAACUCCGUGCAGAGUUCUCCUGGACCAUUUACAAGAGUAUCAGUGCUGAUUUGCAGAUGAGUUGGCGAUAUACUACAUACCAGGUGUAUAUCGCUUUGCUCAAGUUCGAUUUUUUCUUCAUCUUUGGCACGCAAUUGCAAGUUCUGCUGGCAAUCCAACACGUCACGGAUAAUCAGUUUAUCGUUCAAGCGGCCAUGAUACCUAUUGCCGUCAUCAGUUUGGCUCUAGCUGCUCGCUUUUGUCGAUUAGAAAAGAAAAAAUCACUCAUUUGCAUGAUGCUUCUGAUGGUUGUGAUCAUUGCCAGUUUCAUCCUGACUUUGGUACAGAUGUUCGGUGGCUACGACGGCGAGGAAUUGGGCAGCUACAGAGUUUCUUUGACCUUGUUCGCCUCUCUAGCGAUGUUACUUCUUGCAGUAACUCUGGUCAACUCUAUCAUGUGUAUCUGCAAUUUCAAUAAGGGAUUGAGGCAUCAUAUCGAUAACUCCAGGAAGCGAAAGCCUGCGGCGGACCCAGAAGAUUCCUGGACACAGGAUACGAAAUCACGAUUUGUAUUAAAUUAA